AUGUCGACCCCCAUACGCCAGCUCAUUGCGUCGCCAUAUGGCCCGUACAAGGACGAGGAUGUCCUCACAGAGUUCUGCAAGAGCGUUCCCUCCAACGUCCUCAAGCUGCACGGCGUGAUGCUCGAAUGCGGCAACCGUCCCAUCGGGCUUACGCAAAGCGAGGCGGAGGAACCGGGAUACGACCGUAAGCGCGUCAGCCAGUACGGGGUCUACUUCCGUGGAGUCCUCGAGAUCCACUCGACAAAGUGGCUCACCGCAAAAGCCAUCGCCAGGCUCAACAAGGACAUCCACAAACGCAACGUUGCCUACUGCAGGGAAACGGAGUCGCGGGUGCCCUCGGCGUCGCCCACGCUGCAGCAAAUAUACGCCGUCAGGGGCAUGAGAAUCAAAGUCAUCAUACAGUGCGCGAAACACUUCACCGUCGGGUAUCUGACUUCCAAAGAGGUUCCGAACGGAUUGCGGAUACAUGCUAAAGACCGGGCCACUGACCCCUCUCGUUUGUCCCCGCAGUAUCUUGGCCAGUACCGUGCGCUGCGGAUCAUGCACAAUCUAGUCAGGCUGCAUGCCCAGACCGUCGAUGUCCACGGCGAGAGCAACCGCGCGCUCGUCGACCGCACACCAGAGUGGUUCGUAGAGCUCUAUCAGACGUUCAUGGCAAAGACGCCGGCCGCACGCAAGUCCCGCUGCAUGCACGACUCGUCCGCCGACUCUGACAUCGAGCCGCAGACGGAAGGGCAGCUCAGGGCGGGGAAAGAGCACACGCUGCGGUACGUCUCACGGGCGGAGAUAUAUUCCCUCCUCGCGCAGCACGCAGGCUGGAUUUUGUACGACCAGCGGAAGCGGCGGCAAGGACGGCUCAUCGAUGUAGAUGUUUGGGAGGACUGGGUCCGCAGAUCGCGCCGGGCACGACAAGAAGCACGCGGUCUCGACGUCUGGUGGAGUAGAGAUAUCGUAGACCCGUCCACUGAUGACGGCGGCUCCAGCAGCGACGACGGCCCUCCUCCUGGGGCACCACGACGUAGGAAGCCCCAACCAAAGCCUGAGGCGUCCAAACGCCAACCGCGACAUGCUGCUCCUCUAUUUCGGCGCUCGUCGGACGAGGACCAGCGGAUGGACGAGGACGCGCAGGAGGCAGCCUUCAUGCGCACAUACGACCCCGACUUCUCGCCGCCCUCGUCCCCCCCGGCCUCCCCGUCCAGCUCCGACGAACUGCUGCGCCCUCAUACGCCGCCCAAUCCCGACAUCAUGCGGCGCAUCCCAGCCGCGUUCCGCCACCCGCCGACCAUCCGGGCGGACUUCACGUGGAGCUGCCCCGUCGCCGAAUGCCCCUACGCGAUCAACAUGCUGGGGCUCACCGACGACAACUGCAAGACGAUACCCCGGGAGUGUGUGCACCAGCUGAGACGGGGAGGGUGGCGGCUCCGCGACCCGUGGGUGCAACAUUGCUUCUUCCGGAUGGUGUCCCUGCACUACGAGGCGCACUUGGACGACUGGGACAUCGUCAUAAGGAAGGAGGGCAAGAGGACGGUCAUCGCGUGGAAGAACCCCCGCCUCCACGAUCCCUGGCCUCCGGGGCGUCCCUUCCCCCCGGCGGAUGCUAAGCAUCCUGGCCUCGCUCUCAAACAAGAGGACGAUUAG